AUUUUGUACACACGCAGUCGUUUCGACAAAGAGAAAUUUCGCAUUGGAGUAAUUUUUAAUCGAGAUACGGUGAUUCUACGGAGCUGCUUCCCUAAAGAUUCAUAAAAGCAGUCGAUCGACCUGUAAGGAAUAUGUUGAACAGUACGAAUACACAAGACACAAGCAUUCGAGUUGCCAUUCGGGUUCGACCUCUGAUAAAACGGGAAAAUGAUUGUAAAGAUAAUUGGUUAGUGGAUGAAAACACUAUCUGUCAAAUUCACGAUGGAAAGAAACUACCCAAUACCACAUUUACAUUUGAUCGUAUUUUCAGCAAAGACAAGUCUACAAUUGACCUCUAUAUGGAUUUUGCAAAACCAAUUGUACUUUCUGUUAUGGAAGGAAUUAAUGGCACUUUGUUUGCCUACGGUCAAACCUCGUCAGGCAAAACAUACACCAUGAGUGGUACCGUUGAUUCCCCUGGCAUUAUUCCCUUUGCUCUUGACGAAGUCUUCAACUGCAUCUCAAAAAGUCAGAAUCGGGAAUUUCUUUUGCGUGUCUCCUACAUGGAAAUAUACAACGAAAUCAUUACGGAUCUUCUGAAUCCGAAGUCGACCAAUUUAAGAAUUCGCGAAAAUGUCGACAGAGAAAUUUCCGUUGAAAAAUUGACGGAAAGGGUCGUGACAAGCGUGGAUGAAAUUAUUGAUGUGAUGAAAAUUGGCGAGAAAAACCGUCAUAUUGGCGGGACGAAUAUGAACGAAAGAAGUAGCAGAUCUCAUACCAUAUUUAGAAUGGUUGCAGAAAGCAGGGAAACACAUUCUCGUAACAGUAUUGAAAGCGGCGAGUUUGACGGAGCUGUGAAAGUGUCUCAUCUGAACUUGGUCGAUUUGGCUGGUUCUGAACGAGCUUCCGUAACAGGUGCGGAAGGUAUCCGGCUGAGAGAAGGUGGCUUUAUUAACAAGAGUUUAUUUGCCCUGGGCAAUGUCAUAAAUAAACUGAGCGAAGGAGAGAGUACUUUCGUUCCAUUUCGCGACUCAAAGCUAACCCGUAUCUUGCAAAACUCUCUGGGUGGAAAUGCGAAAACCUCUAUCAUUUGUGCCGUGACUCCAGCAUCGACGGACGAAACACUCAGUACUCUACAGUUUGCAAGUCGAGCCAAAAGGAUAAAAAACAGACCUGAAGUAAACGAGGUGCUUGAUGAUGGAACAAUGUUGAAACGAUGUAGAAGAGAGAUAAGUGAGCUCAAACGACAACUUGACAAGUCACAUACAAGAGAGGAAGUCCUGAAACGUGAGAUGGAACUUCAAAUGGAAAAGGAUAUGAUUCAGAAGGAACUUGAAAACCAAAGAAAAGUGGCUGACGAAACUAAGGCAAAGUUACGAGAACUGGCGAAUGUAUUUUGUACAUCAAAGCCAAAAGAGAUCGAAUCUAAGCAACGAAAACAACGUCGAUGGACGGUCUGUCCAAUGGGUGCCCGCCGUAAACCUCUGCUGACCUCAUCAAUCGACAGCGAGUUCAACAGACCUUCCAGGAGACUGGACCUAACGUACGCUGGUAGCCCAAGCCGAGAUCUGGACGUUGAUAUCAGCCGCGCCGAGUUUAGUGUGGAUCAUCAUCAACGAUUUCUCGAGCAACUCCAGGAAAAAGAAGAGGAAGCAAAUAUCGCCGAUCAAAGUGUACUGAGUUCUGUAGAUGAGUACAGGAGUUCCCUCAGUUCCGCAAAUAAUCAAGAGACCAGAAUUGCAGAACUAGAGUCCGAAGUGAAAAGGUUGAUUGAUGAAAGGGAUGCCUUGAGCAAAGAACGGGAUACAAUACAAAACGACUUGUCGGAAAACAUCACAUCUUCGUGCGAGAUGCAGGAAGAUUUACUGAGGACGAAAGACAAAUUGAAGGAAAAGAAAAAAGAAAACCACGUGUUGGAAGAACGAUUACAUCAAUUCGAGGCUUUGCAUGCAAACGAAAGUAAUGUUGCUGCUAGCGAGAAAAAUCAUAUAUUUGAACGAGAGCUAACAAAGUACAAAACUGAAAAUGAGGCCCUGAUAAAGGAACUUGAAGCGAAGACAAAUGAACUGCUGGAAUCGCAAAAACAAGGCAAAGAAUUGGAAGAGAAGGUCGAGUUACUGAAUGUGAUUCAAGAUGAUCUCGCGACUGUCGACGCUCUGCAAGAAGAACUGGUUCAAGAACAAGAAAAAAACAAAACCUUGCUGGAAGAAAUACGUCAAAGUCAAGACGAUAAAGAAAAACUGCGUGAGGAACUUGAACAUCUAGGCAACUUUGCCGGUCAUCAGAAAAACUCUGUUGAGUUAGAGCAGAGAAUUAAAAUGGUCAACGAGGAAAACAACGAACUUCGUAAGAAAAUUGAUGAACUUGAUGUCGUAAAUAGUCCAGAUGGAUUAAAUGAAGAAAUUGAAGUGUUAAAAACUCGUCUACGGGAGAUUGAAGCACACAACGCUGUUUUACGUGGAAAUUGCGAUGACUUCAAAGAGAAAUAUCACCGUGUACGUUCUGAAUUGGACGAAAAAUCAUCCUUGACUGUUAAGAAAACGACCGAAGAUUCGUCAGAAGAGUUACUGAAGGCGAAGGAGUUCGAGAUUGUUGAACUGCAAGAAAAACUCGAGCUGCUAACAGAAAAGUUGUCGCGAAAAAGAAGACGCGCCAGUCAUCAUUCUUCUGACAUAUAUGUCCCUUCUAUUACGCCCGAAACAGAAAGCGAAACAAUUUUGUUAAAACUACUUGACGAAUUGUCAAAAGUGGACGCUGGUGAAAGUCCUGGUAAUGGGAAACUUGAUGACGUCAUUACGUACGUGAAGAACUAUCUCAGUGGACGUGAUGCGUCCGGAAGUCAGAAUGAGAAUAGAGAGAGCUCUUCUUCUCCAAACGAGUCUGAAGACGAUGGUGCUUUAGAAUCGACUAUAUGUCGUGAGUUGGUCGAGAUUAAGCAACUGCGUCGGGCUUCGUCUACGAUGCAAGUUUUUGAACAAAAGGAAACAAACGACAAUGACGAAUCUGAAACUAUCAAAGAUCUACAAAACCAAUUGGCCGAAGUCUUGUCUAGUAAAGAAACCUUGACGCAACAAUACGACGGCUUUGUCGAAGCGUUUUCCAACGAAUCCAAAAACGAGUUAGCUGAAAAGGAGUCUGAACUGAAAAGGCAAUCUGAGGAGCUGUUGCAAUUGCAUGAACGGUUAGCUCAAGAGUUAGCCAGAAAUACGGAACUCGAAGAAAGGGCAAAAAUACUUGAGGCAAAACAAGAUCAGAAAUCUAUUGAGAAUGAUACCAAACAAUGGUAUAAUUCUGUGCAACUGGUGGAGUCAUCACCAUCAAAUGUAAUGUUCGAAGCACGAAAUAAAGAUUCCCCAGCACGCAAAGAUUUCGAAACACAAACCGAACAGAAUUCACCGUUGAGUUUGGCCACGAAAGAGGAACUUCUUCAGUCCUACCAAACCAGCGUUAAUGAUCUGCGAGAAGAUUACUUUGCGGAGCUAGCGAAGAGAGAAGAAAUGUUUUCAGCAUCGGAUAAGCAGCGUGAGGAAGAACUGAUGCAAAAAGAAACAGCAUUGCAAGAGAUGUCCAGCGAAAUACAGCGGCUGAGGGCAAAACUCGACGAAGUCAGAGAAGAUUCGACAAUUUGCACGGAUUUGAAAGAUAUUUCUGUGCCUCACAAAGAAAUUUGUGCCAAUGCAUUUUCGGGAAGUGUAUGCGAGAAUAGAAUAACCCCGGAACGAAAGCGAAAAUUGACUCCAGAUACUGCCGAGCAAAAGCGUUGGAAAAAUCCCAAAAUUUCUCAGAUAAAUGAUCAGUCUGACGAAAUUUCUGAUUUCGAGAACCAGUUAGAAACCAAAGAUAUACUCGAGAGAAGCGUGGCGAAAUCACGGCAAGAAUUGGAAGAGAAAAAUUUGGAACAACAGGACUUGAUGCACGAGGUGGAACCAGUAAAAGAGAAUUUGGAGGAUGAUUAUAGGGUCUCUGAGAUGUCGGUGGAUGGAGUUGAGAACAAGCCUAAGAUAGAAAUGUUGCCAAAAGAUAUGGAACUACCGAGGGAAUCUCUAAAAAUCGAAAAACUAGAGGAGUUUGAUACUAACAGCAUUUUUAAAGGUAUAGCAAUCACUGAAGAAGCGAGUAGUGAACAUGGGAUUAAGCAUGAAGAUGAAAUGGGUCAAAAAGGCAUAGAACUACAACAAAAGUCGUUAAAAAUUGAAGAAAGUCCUAAACAAUUAAACGCUAGCAGUGAUCUUGUCACUGAAGGAUCGAUUAAUGAACGUAGGAGUGACCUUGAAGAGGAAUUAUCACAAAAAGAGAUAGAACUACAGAGUAAUUAUUUAAAAAUUGAAAACCUACAUAAACGGUUAAACGAUAUGGCGGUCACUGAAGCUUCAAUUAGUGAACUUAACGAGAAGCUUGAAGCGGAUAUGUUGCAAAAAGACAUAGAAUUGCAAGAGAAAUCUUUACAAAUCGAAAACUUGCAAAAACAAUUAGACACUAGCAGAAAAGAUCAGGCGUUUGCCGAAGAGUCGACGAAUGAAUUUAAGAAUGAACUCGAGGCAGAAAUUAUGCAAAAAGACAAACAACUACAACAAAGAUCUUUAGAGAUUGAAAACCUCCAUAAAAAAUUAAACGAUAUAGUUGGUAUCGAGGAAUCGAUCACUGAGCCUGCAAACCACAUGGCAGAACGUAUUGAAAACUUGCAAGAGGAAUUGUACCAAAGAAAUGAACAAGUACAAGAAAAGAUCUGCGAAAUCGAGCAUUUGAAGUUGUUGAUUGGCCAUCAAUCCGAGAAUGAAUUGAAAGAGGAGCUGCCGCUGGGUGAUGGAAAUUUGCAGGAGGAGCUUUUAGAUGAAGUCACUGAAGAGAAUGCGGAUAAUUUGUGCGGCAGUGGGGAGGAGACAGAACUGGAACCUAAGCUGGCAGAGGCUCGAGAGUCGUAUGAAAGACGUCUAUUACAAAAUGAUAUCAGUAUUGCUGAGUUGAAGAAAAAGUACGAAAUCGAACUGACCGAGAAGAGUAGGGAACUUCAAGAGAAGCAGAAAGAAGUCGACCGUCUGAAUAGAAAACUAAAAUUCGAGAUGGCGACGUUGGUUGAAAAUACUGAUCUCGAAACUCUGGAGGAAGAGCUCAGUAUUGUCAGAAUGGAUUACGAUUCUGCUCUUGAGGAAAUCAACAUCUUGAAAGAUGAAUUAGAAACUGCUAAGAAGUUAGUAUUGGAACAUGAAGCUUGCGUUGCCGAAGUAGAGGCACGGUCCCUUGAAGAGGUAAGCUUAAUAAAAGAAGAAAUGCUAGCCGUUGUUUCACAGAAAGAAAGUUUGGAGAGAGACAUGGAAAUUCGUUUCCCUGAGGUGGAAGCUCGAUUCCUGGAGGAAAUGGCUACACUGAAAAGGGAAUUGGAAGAUGUUCGAUGUGUGCAGGAAAGUUUGUUAAAAGAAUAUAAAGCUCGUCUUGUUCAAGUAAAAAGCCAAUACCACGAAGAAAUAAGUGUGUUGGAAAGAAAAUUGGAAAAUUCUGUCUCGGACAAUGCAAAUAUGGUUAAAGAGCACGAAUCUCGCAUUUCUGAAGUGCAAACGCGGUUGGGCGAAGAUUUUGAGAAAAUAUCUUCAGAAAAUGAGAAGAUAAGAAAAGAACUGAUUGACCUUCAAGGAAAGUAUGAUGCCGAGGUAGCAAAGAAUGAAUUGGUAAUUAUUGAUCAUCUAUCAUCCAGUGAGAAACGUGAAACGGAAUUACACGAAGUAAUGAGAAGCAAAGAGGCUUUAGUUGUAGAGCAUGAAGCUACCGUCACCCGAAUGAAUACAGAAUUCACUAAUACCUUGGAGCAAAUGCGUUCGGAUGCCGACAAAGUAAUCAGAAGCAAAGAGGCUUUAGUUGUAGAGCAUGAAGCUACCGUCAUGCGAAUGAAUACAGAAUUCACUAAUACCUUGGAGCAAAUGCGUUCCGAUGCCGAUGAAAGUUCAAAAAUGAUAUUAGAGUUAAAAGAGACUUUAAGAAAAACAGAAAACACCAGGGCUGACAGCGAAAAACUUUUAUUGCAUUUGAAUGAAAAAGAUGAAAUUAUUGAAACGAAGACCGCCUUAGUUGCUAAACUUGAAGAAGAAACAAAAGCAUUGAUUGAAGCCAAAGAAAAAAUGCUUGAAGAACAUGAAGCCACGACAGAAAUGUUAAGGCAGGAUUUUGACGAUCAAAUUGAAAGCAUUAGACAAGCCGUUGAGGAAAAGGAACGUGAGUUAGUGCGCGCGCAAGACGAGAACGUGAACACGCUACGUGCAGAAUUAGAUCACGAACGUGAAAGAUUAAAAACAGUUGUUGACGAAUGGACUACCCAGGUGCGCGACUUAGAGAGGAAGCUUCUUGAUCAGGAAAUACAGUACGAAGAAAGCUUGGUAGAGAAGGAGAAACUGAAAGAACAAGUUGGGAGUUUAGUGUCCGAAGCGAAGCUGAUAAACCAAGACCUCGAAGAUAAGAAGAAUCGCGUUACCGAGCUCGAAUCUGAAUUUUUGGAAGCAAACGAGAACUGUGAAAACUUGAUAAGUGUAACCGAACAACGGGAUUCCCUUCAGGAAAAUUUGAAUGCGACUGCCGAAGAGUUAAAAAAGAGCCGAGACGAUGUUAAAGAAAAGUAUGAAAAAGUCUUAGUUUUAGAAAAGGAACUCAAUGAAACCAACCAAGCUAUGGAGGGUUUGAGAAAGGAGAACGAGAUUAAAAUCGAAGAUCUUCAACAGCAGAACAAAAUCUUGAAAACAGACAUAGAAAAAGUCGUCGCAGAAAACCAGAAUUUGAAAACAGAUUCCGAGAAGCAUCAAGCGCAGUUGCGAAAAAUGGAAGAACAAAUUGAGACUCAGAAGGAAAUGAAUCUGUCUGGCACAGAAACACAGUUGUCAGAGGCUUCUUGUCAGAACUGUCGCAGACGUAGUGGAACACGACAGGGUAGACGGGAAAGCGAGGUAUUCAAGUUGAUGCUAAUGGACAUUAAAGAACAAGUUGGUAGUGAGCACCUCGAACAGGAUAAAUUAAUUGACGAGCUGAACCACACGCUGGUCACCACGCAAGAAAGACUUGAACAAAAGGAAUUCGUUCUCGAUGAAAAAGAAAUCGAAAUUUUGGAAAAGGAUGAAAUUGUUAAGGAGCUUCAAGAGAAGUUAGUUGCUGCUGAACAGCUCACCGCCUUGCAUGAGAAUACGAAUACUGAACUUUUGACAAAACUGGAACAAGAGACUGCGGAAAUGGAGACUUGUCGCGCAAAAUUGGAAAGUGCAGAAGAGGAAUUACUUCAAGCUAAGCUGGAGUCUGAAAAAUCAAUCGAAAAACUGAUUCAUGAAAGAAACGCUUUGCAGGAAAGAGUGCAUGAUAAUGAAAGCAUGUUUAGCGAAGAACAAUUGAGAGAGUUGUACAACAGUAUGGAAGAGAAAUCACAAAGAAUAGCUAAUCUGGAACAGCAACUGAGUGAGGUUCACAAGAAAGAUUCGAAGAUCUGUGAACUUGAAAUGGAAAUUGAUAUACUACAAGGUGAAAUCGCAUCUUUUAACGGUCGUUGCGACAGCGAUCAGGUAAGCAUACGUGAACUGCGAGAGGUUAUUCGCGAACAAGAAACACGCAUCGUCGAGUUGGAGGCGUGCAAGGCCGGUCUCACCUUGGAGCGGGAUGAGACGAUCGCGGGGGAAUUGCGGGAUCUACGCGUGGAACUCGAGAGUACUAGAUCACGUCUCGUGGAGUUCGAGGAGGAGAAAAAACGUGGAAUGAAAGUGUUGCAGGAAAAAAUCGAGCAGUUGGCAGAAUAUAAAAUGAAUGUUGAAGUGAUGGAGGAAAAUAUCCAGAAAAAGGACGAGGAAUUACGGGAGGUGACUGAGAAGCUUGAAAAAACAUCAAAUGUUGUCAACGAAAAGGAGGUUGCAGAGAAACAAACCGUACAAGACCUAGACAAGAGCAAAGCUGAACUCAAGGAAAUGAAAAACCUGUUCGAAACUAUUUCGUGUGAGUUGGAACGUGUCAAGACCGAGCUGCAUGAUCAACGUACCGAUUCGGAGGAUAUGAUUAAAAAAUUAAACAGUGACGUGCUGGUUGCCGAGGGAGCAUUCAAGAAAGCGAUGAGUGACAAAUUUGAAGUUGAUGCAAUUCUUAAAGAAAAACAAGGUGAUUGUGAAGAACAGAAAGAAAAACUCCUAUUUCUGGAGGGUCAAAUUCAGGAAUUAGAGAAGGAAAAAUCUACUGAACUGGAAGAAUACAAAUCUAAAAUGAUGCAGCUGGAAAAGCAGUAUAGAGAUCAUAUCACCGAGUUGACUAAGGAGAAUGCAGAAAAGGAUACAUCAUCUAGUUGCCAUGAAAAAAGUAGCAUUGAGUUGGAGGAAAAGGUGAAAGAGGUGGCUGACCUGAAUGAACAGGUGCUUAAGGCUUUUAGAAUCGUGAAGAAGAAAGAGAAAGAGUGCAGCAAAUUGAACAAAGCUUUAAAUGAAUGUGAAGAGGAAAUAACCGAUUUCAAAAAUCAAAUUGAACGUCUCGAAGAUGAGAAUGAAGACCUGAAAAAUAAGUUACAAGGCAGGGACAAUGCAAGCAUCAAUGUUCAGCAACUACAGGAACAAACCCUCGAAGUCGACACAUUAAGAUCUCGAGUUUCCUGUCUCCAGGAUGAAAUAGAACAUCUUCGCAAACUAUGUAAUCUUAAUAUGGAAGAAGAACUCCAGAAAGCGAAAAAUGAACUAAAGACGAAGGAAAUGGACUUGUUUCACGUUAAUUUCGAGAAUACGAAACAAAUGGAUAGCGCAAAAAGAAAGAUACGCGAAUUGGAAAAAGAUGUCUCGGAUUACGCACGAAAGAACAACGAGCUCAAGGCAGAGAUAAGAGGUUUAAGGAACCGAGAUGAAGAACCGACUAUAGAUGUGAUGAGGAGUAAGCCUAAAAGCUCAAACGGCGAGAAUGUUGGAGUUGUGGGUAGCGUAGCAUUGUUUUCACUGAACGCUAGGGUUGAGAAACUCAGUGAAGAGAAUAAACAGCUGCAGGUCAAGUCGGAAACGUUGCAGAAAGAAGUUGAUAAACUUGGUAUCAUUAAUUUAGAUCUGAAGCAAAAUUAUGGCCAAAUUUUGGAGAAGUAUAAAAGGCUAAAGGGAAAAUUUGUAAAUGUUGUCGAAAAACAGCAAGAAAUGGAGGGAGAUCAGAAAGAUGAACACGACAAUGUCGACGCUAAACUGCAGAAUGGAGAGCAAACUCAAGCAGGGAUCAAGGCUGGUCGGCAGAACGAUGAUUCUUCGAUCAGUCAACAUGAUGUUAGAAGUGAAACAACACUUGGUAAGCAAUCAGCAUUUAAGGAUCGUAAGAAUGAAACCAAGGAGCCGAUCAACCAGCCUCCUACCAGUAGUGAACAUACAUUCAGGCAUAACACGAGCAACUCCGCUUUCAAACCGAGCAGCGAAUCCGCAUUCAGAAAGCCGAAUGUUUCAGCCGAUAAUGCAUCAAAUAUGGCAGAUAAACCUGUUGGGCCAAUUCCAAGUCAACAAGCGACCAAGUUUGCGAGUGUUGGGCUGCCACGCAGAGUUGAACAACGAAAACCGACUGGCCGAAAUCCCCCUUCCGAAAUAGCGAGUAGACAAAGCGCGGGCGCUAUGCAACCAAGUAACAUGGUCCCAAGAACUACUAAAGAUUCCGCGACAAAUGACAAAACUAGAAACGCAGCGGCAUUCUCUAGGAAAAAUAAAGAAAACAACUUGUACAACUCUGGGGAAAAACCUGACGCGUGCAAAUCACAAUAACUCGUGAUUUUCAUCAACUUUUGAACUUUUGAAAUUGUGAACUUUCAUCACGAGAGUUCCGUCAUCUGAAAACAGUCCUAAUUGACAAAGUAUUUUUAUCAUCAGUAGAACCCAACGCAUUGGUUGCGUUGACAUUGUUAUAUUUUUUCACUUUUUAGAUUCAUGUUAUUUAAUUUUCCACAUGAUUAUUGUAAAUAG